AUGUCAGAAGAAAAUUUUCCUAUUCUAUCUCCAAGAUUGUCUAACCACAGAUCCACCCCGACCUUGAAAAAGCAGUUUUUUGUGGCCGAUUUCAAAAUUAUGCCAUAUACGUUUGACAGUGUAAUUCCUAGAUGACUUUUAGAUCGUAGAGAUUUUAAAGAUCGGCUGAAUUUUUUUUAAUAUAAAAAUAUAUUUUGAAAAUAAUUAUUUUUUAAUAAUAAAAAAAUGGAUGCAGGCUGAAACAGCUAACUAGGACAGAUAUUGCAAAUAUUUGUUCAAAACUUAGUGAAGAGCGUUCUGGUUUUGAAAAAGAGUCUGUGGCUAAGUGAAUUAAAGACUGUCCUUAUUUUUCGUCUAUGAGUAAUAGAAAGCUACUUGAAAUUUCUAACCUUUUGAAGACCCACUGCUUCGUUAAAGGAGCCAAUGUUAUAAAAGAAGGCGAGAUUGGGGACUGCUUAUAUGUAAUUUUAAAAGGUCAAGCUGGGAUUUAUUUAGGAGGCAUUACCCAGCCGAUAGCGAUUAAACACCCAAGAAAUGUAGUCGGAGAAGCAGCAUUAGAAAAUGCUGUAGUAAGGACAGCCACAGUAAAAGCAGAAACUGAUUUAAUUGUUUUAGCUUUAUCAUGCAUUGAUUAUUUACAAUUCGCACAAAAAGAAAGGCAAAGAGAAAAGCAUGAAAUUAAAGUUUUUUUAAAAACAGCAAGCUUUUUUAAAGAUUUAUUACCAUCAAAACUAUAUUAAUUUCUAUUAAAAUUAAAAAAAAAUAUCAAGAUUUUCAUAUUUUAUAAAUAUUUACACAAAUUGUAUAGAAAUUUUAGGGAACACUAUUUUAGUUAUGGAAUAUUCAAAAAAUCAAAACGUAUAUAAGCUUGAUGAAAGCGCGCACCAUCUUUAUAUAAUAAAACAAGGCUCAGUUUUAUUAGAAGCUCCUGUUUGUUUUGAUCAAUACAAAAAGAUUCCUUCCUCGCUUAGAGAAUGAAAUGGGAGUGACACAAGAAGAGAAAUGAAUCAAAUCUUGAAAUAUUAUGGACCAGCCGAGUUUUUUGGGGAAAGAGAAAUGAUUUUAGGAAUCCCAAGAGACACACAAGCUGUUGUAACAGCUGAUAGAACAGUUUUAUAUAUUUUAUCAAAGCAAAGCUUUGAUUUAAUUUUUUCUCACUCAGAUAAAGCAAAAAUGCUGAAAAAUUCUGUAUGCAGGCCGACGAGUAAAGAAAUGAGAGAAAAUAUUACAAAAAAGGUGGAAGCCAUUAAUACAAAAUUAAAUUCACUUUUAAACGCUUGUGACAUAAAUGUCCGACCUACCGACCGAAGCUCCACAAUUGAUCGAAAAAUCAUAAGAAAAGUGACGUGGGCAAGAUCCCUUGCGCAGCGCUACAAAGAUGAUUUGACAAAAGAACUGAACACUGUUGGAGACCUAUAA